UCCAAAUGCGCGUGCGUAGCGAGGCGCGAGGCGCGAGCGCGGAACGCAAUGCGGAACGCUUGACAGUUUUGAGUUACGUUGCAAUUUGUAUUCCAUUGUUAAAGGAUGCCAUCAGUGAGCAGCACGGAUCUAAAAGGCUACUCGGACUAUCUUGUAGCAGCUUACAAGAUGCAGAGGCAGAAGUCUGUUUACGAAAAAACUGUAGCAGAAGUUGAGGAUCGGGUACUUAAGCAAGUAGAAGACGUUGCAGCACUUGAACGUGAAGCAGUUAGAAUUGAAUGGGAGCUUGAACAGGACGACAAGUGGAAUAAUCGAAGAGAGGCUGUGGCCGAAAUGAGACAGCUUAGUAAGCUUCCCACGGUUCUAGACGGACUGCUCGGUUUGAAAGGCAAACUAGAGGGAACCAUUGCCAAGGCCAAGAUUGAGUUCGAAAUUGAGUUCGAAAACACUGCAUAUCGGAAGCAAGAAGAGUGGGACGCGGCACUCGUGGGGAUUAUAGAUGCAUCCAAACGGGUGUGUGCAAACCCACGAGUCACUCAGUUCUGCAAAGUGGUUGACGAACUACUUGUAAUGGAGAGUACGCUGGAGGGGCUGAUCACGGAGUGUGACAUCUUAAAAGACAGAGUGGCUAAGCUGAUGCCAAUGGCAGCACUUUGGGCAGCUGGAAGCAGCUUGGAAGCAGCAGCAGCGACAAAUCUCCUUCGUGCACCUUCAAAGUUAUUUUCCGGUCAAAUGCUCGAAUAAAUGAGUUGAUCUGC